GUCAGGCUUGGUUGCGGAGCUGAAACCGGUAAGCGAGCACUCCAGCACGUUGUGAAGCCGCUAGUUUUUCUGGCAGCUGCUGAGGUGAUUCAAGUCUGUAGUUUCUAAACCAACGACUCAUUUUUUGACAAUUAACUCACUGAUUCCAGUUGACCAAAGAAAUGGUGAUGGAGAAGCCAAGUGCCCAGCUGGUCGGGCGAGAGUUUGUCCGACAGUACUACACACUCCUGAACCAGGCCCCUGACUACCUGCACAGGUUUUAUGGCAAGAACUCCUCCUACGUACAUGGUGGCCUGGACAGCAACGGCAAACCAGUAGAGGCAGUUUAUGGACAGUCUGAGAUCCAUAAGCGGGUGAUGGCUCUGAGUUUCCGAGAUUGUCACACCAAGAUCAGGCAUGUGGAUGCUCAUGCCACCCUCAACGAGGGCGUGGUGGUCCAGGUGAUGGGCGAGCUGUCCAACAACAUGCAGCCCAUGAGGAAGUUCAUGCAGACGUUUGUGCUGGCGCCAGAGGGAACUGUUGCAAACAAAUUCUAUGUUCACAACGAUGUGUUCCGUUACCAAGACGAGGUGUUUGGCGACUCUGAUUCUGAGCCUCCAGAAGAGUCUGAGGAUGAGGUGGAGGAGAUUGAGAGGGUUCCCUCUCCAGACGUUGCCCCAGAAGAGGCCGCUCCUUUCUACAACCCAGCAGUCUGUUCUGAACUGACGGUUCCUUGCGAUGAGGAGGAUGUUCCAGCCGCAAGUCCAGAGCCAGAACCAGAGGUAGAGAAGGAGGCCGAGGUACCUGUAGUGGACCUGAAGACUGAGUCGAUGCCGGAGUCACAGACAGACGGACACACGGCUGAAGAGCAGACCGAGACGAGCCCUGCCGCCACCACACCGACAGAACCUGCCUCUGUGGCUGCCGAAUCCACGCCUGCUGCUCCAGAGGAAAACAGGCCGUUCUCCUGGGCGCUAGUCACCAGCAAGAAUCUCCCUCCCAGCGGGGCUGUCCCAGUCUCAGGAAUCCCCCCACAUGUCGUCAAAGUCACUCCAACAGCACCGCCCAGAGUGGAGGUGACGUCAGAACCCCAGACAGCAGCACAGAGACCCCAGAGAGACCAGCGGCAGAGGGAACAGAGGCCUGGAGGUCCUCCACCAGCACACAGAGGACCCAGGCCAGCUCGGGAGGGUGAGCAGGGAGAGCCAGAGGGCCGCAGGGCGGUCAGGUACCCUGACGCUCACCAACUCUUCGUGGGCAACGUCCCUCAUGAUGUGAACAAAAAUGAACUUACGGAAUUCUUUGAACAGUACGGUAAAGUCCUAGAUCUCAGGAUCAACAGUGGAGGAAAACUGCCCAACUUUGGGUUUGUGGUGUUUGAUGACUCUGAACCUGUGCAAAAGGUCCUCAGCAACAGGCCCAUCAAGUUCAGAGGUGACGUUCGUCUGAACGUGGAAGAGAAGAAGACCCGGUCGGCCAGAGAGGGCGAAAGGAGGGAUGUGAGACCGCGAGGACCUGGAGGUCCCAGGGAGAGGAUAGGAGGCGGCGGAGGCCCCCGCGGCCCCCCCGGCCGAGGAGGCAUGACGCAGAAGCCCAGCUUCGGCGCGGGGCGUGGGGCCGGGUCCAGCGAGGGCCGCUACUCAGCCCAGCGUCAGUGAGGCUCCAAACCUGAGUGGUUACUGUUUUACUGCAGCAGGAACCAAUUGGACAAACAAGUGUUAACUCUUCUUUACAUCUGAGGAAUAAUAAUUAGGAUGUGUUCUUUAAGUCAUUGGCUAAAAAUGCAUCCUGAUUUCUCGUCUCCUCAUUCUUUCUACAUUAAGUCCGGUUUCUUUUGAGCUUUCACCUCCGGGUUGUGCCACAUCCUGCUGCAUUUAACAGCCAGUCCCAGCAUCGUGAAGACGGCUGCCUUCUCUCCCUCUUUACCUCCUCCAUCUUCACCUCAUUCUUUUUUCUUCCUCACCCGCUGCUUCUUUUUUCUCUUUGAGGAAUCCUGAAUGUCACUUUUUCUUUCCUUUUUUCACCAACACAUGUAAUAUCUGGAAUUUUCUUCGUCUGUCAAACUUGAAUUUCUAAAAAUAUGAAUAGAAACACGCAAACAUGAAAAAGGGUAAAUACUACUUGAAUUGGGGAUUAAAAACCCACAGUUUAGUUUUGUUUUUCGCGUUCUCUCUCCCUGUUUCUUAAAGGAACGUGUACUUUACUGCUUGGGCAAUCCUGUGUAUUGCUGCCACCGUUGUAUCUAGCGAUGGAUCUGUCUUAUCUUUUUAUUCUAUCAGGUCUAGAGCCAAACCUUUUAUUUGAGUAAUGUGGAUUUACAGACGUGUCUGACUGGAGCAUGUAUCAAAUCCUGUUCUACCGAUGCACUUCAUCUGUUAUCAUGCUAAAAAUGUGCUCACCUGCCGAUGAGAGAACUAAAUUAAAAGUGAUUUACUGUUUUAA